UAUAUUGAUAACGAAAAUCUUAUUGUUUCUUUGUUAAUGAAAUUGUUUAUGAACGUAUUUGCUUGAUGAUCUAAUAAAUGUACGUGAGCGUUCUGAAAGAUUAAUAAUAAGGCUCUAUUGAAAAAUGUUCCGAUUUGUUAUACUCAUUAUAGCUCUUAUAUUUCUGUAUUCUUGCGAUGGUUUAGUGUGGCCUGAUAUCAAGACAUGUGAUAAGAGAUUUCAUUUCUGGCAGCCUUUUUAUGGUUCUAUACCUAUGAACGCUUUUAUAGCUGGUACCGACAAAGGAGGAGAGAAAAAAUAUAUAGCACGGGUAAUUUCACCAGAUUCCAGAAGUUGGUCAGCACCAACAACUUUCGCGGAAAAUAGUCGGCAUAUCUUCUUUUCCUGGGAAAAUCACACAGAAAAGGUGGACAGAUAUAUAGAAAUUAUGAGCGUGUCGCCAGGUUCAACUCCUGGAUUUGGUUGGCGCGAUUCCACCAAAGAUGACCUGGAGGAACUGAGAGGAAUUUGUUGUUUGGUACAAGGCGGGACCGGAUACUUGAACAAGAGAAAGGUGGUUUCCUACGUGGGAAGGACUUUGACGAAAGGUAAAUAUUUCGUCGGUGGCGUGUACAGACCUGAGUGGAGAAUAUUCGAAACAGUACAUCCUAUGCGAUACGUAGAUGAGGUUGGAAGGUUUUUUGGUCUCAGCGAUGGCUUCGAGGUUUUAGCUUAUGACUGUUGUGAUGAAACAUACUGUAAACGCCCCAAUAAGGCAGAUUGCUGUUAUGACAUUUUAAUAUAAACAGAUAUAUGUAAUUUUCAAACACGAAUAAAUAAAUACAUAUAUUGAAAUUA